CACGCUCCGAGUAGAAGCUGCUGCACGAAAGGAGCUGCUCGCAGCCGCAGCGCUGUGAAUGUGUCUGUGCGCGCGGAGAGCGAGACGGGAGCGGAGGGGAGAUACAGGAAUUUGGAGAAGGCUGGAAACACGGUAGAGCGAGCGAGCGAGCGCGCACGGAACGGCACGCACAGAGCGGGAUCCGCCAGCGUUUGGCCCCCCUCUCCACUCCACUCCGCUGCGAUCGGACUAAUCCGAGGAAUGGAGCUGCCUGCCGCCGGCGAGCACGUCUUUGCGGUGGAGGGCAUCGAGAAGAAGCGCAUCCGAAAGGGGAAGAUCGAGUACCUGGUCAAGUGGCGAGGAUGGUCCCCGAAAUACAACACGUGGGAGCCGGAGGAAAACAUCCUUGACCCGCGCCUGCUGGUCGCGUUUCAACACAGAGAGAGGCAGGAGCAGCUGAUGGGGUAUAAAAAGCGGGGCCCAAAGCCAAAGCAUCUUCUGAUUCAGGUGCCCUCAUUCGCUCGGAGAUCCAGUAUUCCUGCAGGUCUCGAGGAAACGUCUCAGGAAGUGGAGAUCACCCCAAAGUCUGACCUGACCCAGGUCCAGCGCUCCCAGCCCCAGCAGUACCAGCUCAACAGCAAAAAGCACCAUCAGUACCAGCCCAGCAGCCAGGAGGUUCCAGCCGACCCGCUCCCCAACAGCAAGAAGAGGCUGAUCUACCAGCUGAACAGCAAAAAGCACCACCACUACGAACCCGACCCACACAUGUACGACGUUCAGGCUUCACGCCUCAAAGAGGUGGUCAAAGUCCAGGAGGCGGCGAGCAAGCCGGCAAACCCGGGCUGGAACCUGCCUCUGGCUCUGCAGCAGAAGUGGGUUCGGGACAAAGACACCGGGUGCUUGAGUAAAGUCAAGGAGCUGGCCGUUGAAGUGAGGAAGCCAGCGGUGAAGGAGAGCGAGAACGCGCUGAAGCCCAAUCCUAAGGAUGCGGCUCUGCCGAGUGCGGUCAGCAGCAAAAUGAAGAUCCUCAAGAAUAAGAACAAGAACGGACGGAUUGUUAUCGUCAUGGGGAAGUACAUGGACAAGGUUCAUGGAGCGAAGGGGAAACACGGGGAGUCCUCGAAGGAGGGCGACUCCCAGAGCGCCAAACCACCUGAAGGCCGGAGCAAAAUGGUGGAACUUUCAGGGAGCGGACUCUGCGAUAGCAGCUCCCUCUCUGCCCUGGAGCAUCCCAUGAAGUGCUCACCCAAGGACAGGCAUUUCUCCAAACCCUCACCAAGCACUGCUGAGGAAUACAACACAGAAGUGGCUCGCGGUCAGGCGGAUUUACCAGAAGACCUGCCUCUGCAGCUGACCGCCAGCUCCCCUCCAACGUCCUGGAGCGUUGACACCAGCAUUCCAACUCCUACGGCCGUGGACCAAAUCAGGAUCCCGUCUUUUUCCAGCGACCGGAAACGGAAGCUCUCAGAUCCGGUCGAGGACAGGAACGUUUCCAAAACCUAUCUGACAACGAGGAGUUUAAGCGCGCCCAGCACUGCGGUCGCGCCCCCUCAGGACACACCCAUGGACCUGCACUGCUGCGGCCCACGCCCCAGCGUUUGUACGUACGACGCUGCGGGCAACCAGGAGGAGCCCAUGGACCUGAGCUGUCCAAAAAACAGGUCACCGCUGGACGCCAAAUCACAGCCAGAGCCCAGCUCUGAGGUCAAAGACACACCUCCCGUGACGGAAGAAUCCAAGUCAAAGGAGGCGGCGAAAAACGCCUCCCCGUUCAUGGGGAACAUCAUCAUCACCGACAUCACCACAAACAGUCUGACCGUCACCUUCAAGGAGUUUGUCUCUUUUUGAGAAACCCUCUAUCAUUCAGACGUCCUUCCUGUUCAUAUGUUUAUAUGUAAAAAACAGAAAAACCUAAAAAACAUUUGGAUUUUUGUAUAUAAAGAAAUUUUUAAUUUAUCACUCAAAUUCAGUAUGUUUCUUAUAAUGUUUUGUACAGUAACUCCUGUGAUGUUGUAGCGAAGAAAGUGCCCUCGAGGAUUUGAGCGUUUGGCGUGGAGAAACUCCACCUAAAAAACUGUUUGUCAAACUUAUUGCUGUUCUUUCAUACCUGUACCAAACCUAUAACCUGGAUGUAUGAAGGAUUAUAUACGUUUUUCUAAAAAAUAAUAAUAAUAAUAAUAUAUCUUAUUUUGGUCUUUUGGAGUGUACAGCAAUCAGAGAUGAAACUGAAGCACUUAAUGCAUUUUCAUGUGGUGAAGAAAGAAAGAAAGAAAGAAAGAAAGUCUUACUUCGGAGAUUCCUUUUUAUUCCUAACAAACAGCUGCCUUUUGAGGGAAUUUCGUUGUCCCAGUGUAGACACACUAAAUCAUGUUUCCACUCCGUUUGAACUACCAGCAUUUCUCCUCCAGGCUGCAUAUUUCACAUUUGACUAUAAGAAUCGGAUGCUGACUAACAAAAUUGUGUCAGAAGUUCCUUCCUGCUCCUUUUGGUUUGUGUUUACCUCCCAUGUUUUGGGGUUUCAUCUCAUGUUGAAGCUAUAAUCUGAAGAAUGCAUGAGCUUUGUUUUCCGCUGAAGCAGCCGAGGUCAUUGAUGAGUAAACAUGCAAUCCAGUUUGAGUUUUUUUUUUGUAUGCUGCUGAAAUGUCAGAGAUGUUGGAUGUAACCCACAUUGAAGUCUGAAUGGCCUUCGGUGCACAAUAAAUGCAAAUCCAGCCAGAAAUGCUAAAAUGCUUUAAAACGAGAAACAGGAAUGCAUAUUUAUUGACACAAAAAAGUGGUUUAGACGAAGUUCGCUGCAUCAAGCUGCAGUUAUUGAUUUUUUAAGUCAAAUUGCUCCUCUUUUCUAUAUCUAUUUUUUUUUCUUUUUGCACUCUGAAAAGAUUGUCAUAAAAGUAUGUUCUAUCAGGAGUUUGCUGACCUUUCCGUUACGCUUCUCCGGUGAAAUAUUUCACAAUAAAGAGAGAGAUUUGACCUCAAA